AUGGCGGCCACAGCGGUGGUGAUGCUGACGUCACCGCUCCUGGCCGGAGCACUUUAUCGGGGCGAGGCGCAAGGGAUGCCCAAUUGCGACAUCAUCUGUGGCAACAUGAGCGUGCCAUACCCGUUCGGCAUGGGCCCGGCAAGGUGCUACUGGCCGGGGUUCAACCUCACCUGCGACCGUAGCAGCAACCCGCCGCGGUUGCUGCUGGGCGACGGCUCCCUCCAAGUUCAAGACCUCUCCAUUACCAUGGCGACAUGGGUGGACGCCAUAUAUAUGGGCGACAUAAAAGUCGACGGCAACGGUGAAGGCACGCUCCGCGGCGGCCUUACGACCGACGGGCCCUACACGAUUUCAUCCAACAAGCUCAUCGUUGUGAGCUGCAACGUUCAGGCGACACUCAAGAAUGGCGAUGUGACCGUAAGCAGCUGUUCUUCUAUCUGCAUAAACGGUGAUGGACUCUCCGAGGCACGAUCCACACUCGAAGCAGGCAUGCAAUGCUCCGGCAAUGGCUGCUGCCAGUCAGACAUCGUCUUCGACCCUGCGGAGGUAGCGGGAAGGCUUGUCAACGGCACGUCCUACAGUGUGCAGCUCAAAUGGUUUGGCUGGAACCGCAGCGCCGACCAGCAGUGGCCUGCGCGCGUCUUUGUCGUGAGUCACGGCUGGUUCAGCCAUACACCGGCCUUCCUUGAGCUAUUAGGAGGAGACACACCCGCAUCAGCGGAGGCAAUGCAAGUUCCCUUAUGGCUGAACUGGGAGGUCGUUGGCCAUGGCGCACAAUGCUCCAACGUCUGCAAGAGCACGCACAGCCACUGCAAAAAGGGUAAGAGAGGCUACACAUGCUCCUGCAAAGACGGCUACGAAGGGAAUCCCUACAUCAACGGCGGAUGCAAAGAUAUCGACGAGUGCAAGGAUGAAGUGUACGGCAAGUGCUAUGGUCAUUGUAAAAAUUUGGAUGGGUCAUAUGAAUGCCGGUGUCCGCCAGGAACCCAUGGCGACCCUACCCUGCCCGGUGGCUGCCUCAGUUCCGUCUCAAGUAACUGCAGGACGACCUGUGGCGACGUAGAUGUGCCGUACCCAUUCGGCAUUGGCUCUGCCGAUUGCUACUGGCCAGGGUUCAACCUCAUCUGUGAUAUAAGCCAACAACCACCAAAGUUACUCAUCGUUCUCCAGGACCCCAGCGACCCUGACAUCGGCAAGGACUGCUCCAUCCAGGUCAGGGAGAUCUCCCUCCGAAACAACACAGUGAGCGUCCUCCGCAGCAACGCCAUCAGCCGUAUCGAACCCACCGACUCAACCAGUUUUUUAAUGUUUGGCAACUACUCGGAGGCGCCCUACUCACUAUCGACUAGCAACGAGUUCAUCCUAUCAGGCUGCAACCUUCAGGAACAAGUCCAGAUCGGAGAUGGCCCCGAGGAUUUCAUCAGCGGUUGUGCCUCCUUCUGCUCCUCCAAAGUUAGUGACACCAACGUCAAAACCGCGCUGCGUCGUACAGGCAGAAACUGCAACGGCAUGGGCUGCUGCCAGGCGCAUAUCUCCAUGUCCUCCAAUGGCUUGCCUACGGCGUGGAUGUAUCAAAAGAUCAACAAGAACGGCGACCAGGAGGCGACAUUGCAGCCCGCAUACAUGCUAAUCGCAGAGGAGGGGUGGUUUGAUCAGCGGCGGUUGUCCAAGGAUAUGGCAGGGCGGGAAGAAUCCGAAACGGACAAGGUGCAGGUUCCCCAAGUUCUGCAAUGGGAGGUCGUGCAGGGCUUGCCGCGACCAGCUGACAUGAAGGCGCACCCAGGCUGUCCAGCGGAGGUAGCCCUCGAGCUCUGCAAGAGCAAGAACAGCUACUGCAAACGAGGGAGCAUAGGCUAUUUAUGCCAGUGCAUGGAUGGCUACCACAAACCUGGCAGCAACCCCUACCUUGACGACGGAUGCAAAGGUGGCCACAAGCCUUUAUCUACAAGUAUAUACCUCGCCAUAGGAGUUGCUGUUGGGGCAGGCAUCAUACUAUUUGUUGUUGCUGGAUCUUUCACACAUAAGAAAUUCAAACAUCGAAAAGCACAGAUGUUGAAACAGAAGUUCUUCGAGAAAAAUCGUGGACAAUUGUUGAGACAAUUGGUAUCACAAAGAGCUGAUAUUGCAGAAAGAAUGAUUAUAACCUUAGAUGAGCUUGAGAAGGCAACAAACAAAUUUGAUAAGGCCCGUGAGCUUGGUGGUGGGGGGCAUGGUACAGUCUACAAAGGGAUCUUAUUAGAUCUCCAUGUUGUGGCCAUCAAGAAACCAAAGAUGGCGAUUCAAAAGGAGAUUGAUGAGUUCAUUAAUGAGGUUGCUAUUCUAUCACAGAUCAACCAUAGAAAUGUUGUAAAACUCUAUGGAUGUUGCCUUGAAACAGAGGUCCCCAUGUUGGUCUAUGAGUUUAUAUCCAACGGUACACUUUAUGAUCAUCUUCAUGUUGAUGGGCCAAAAUCGUUGUCAUGGAAUGAUAGGCUACGGAUAGCAAUUGAGACUGCCAGAUCUUUAGCCUAUCUUCACUCAACAACUUCAGUACCCAUCAGCCAUAGAGAUAUCAAGUCUGCUAACAUACUUUUGGAUGAUACUCUAACAGCAAAAGUCGCAGACUUUGGAGCUUCAAGAUAUGUUCCGGUGGAUAGAUCAGGAGUCACAACAAGAGUGCAAGGUACAAGAGGAUAUCUAGACCCAAUGUAUUUCUAUACAGGGCGUCUCACGGAAAAGAGUGAUGUGUACAGCUUCGGUGUCCUGCUUCUGGAGUUAUUGACUAGAAAGAAAACAUUUUCAUACAUCUCUUCUGAAGAGGAAGGCCUUGUCACACACUUUUCUACCUUAUUCACACAAGGCAAUUUGUCCGAGAUAAUAGAUCCCCAAGUUAUGGAAGAGGGAGGCAGAGAAAUGGAAGAAGUUGCAGCACUUGCAGUAAUGUGUAUAACAUUAAGAGGAGAGGAUCGUCCGUCGAUGAAGCAGGUGGAGAUCAAACUCGAAGGCACUCAAGCAUCCAGGGGACAUGAGAAGGGUAAUGUACGAAACUGUCCGCCUACUGUUGAUGGAAGUAGGAGCGAAGAAUUAUCCAGGCAGUAUAGUAUGGAAGAAGAGUUCAUGUUAUCGUCAAGGUAUCCUCGGUAG